GGGCGGGGCCAGGCCCCGGCCUCCCGUGUGCGCAUGCGCGGUGCGUCACGUGGGGACGCGAGCCCCCUUAAGGCGGGGCGCGGGGCGGGGCGCGUAGACAGCGAUGGCGCGCGGCAGCAGGAGCGUGUCCCGGCCCGCCGCGCCCCCGGCGCACGCCAGCCCGGCCCCACCGGCCCCGGCUCCCGCGGCGCAGCCGGCGCAGCCCGGGCUGAUGGCGCAGAUGGCGAGCACGGCGGCCGGCGUGGCCGUGGGUUCCGCCGUGGGACACGUCGUGGGCAGCGCCAUCACCGGCGUCUUCAGCGGCGGCUCCUCCGAGCCGGCCAAGGCGGCGGCGCCCGCCCAGGAGCCCCGGCCCGUGAUGCAGCAGCAGUCUCCGUACGGACCCUGCCACUAUGAGAUGAAGCAGUUCCUGGAGUGCGCCACCAACCAGAGAGACCUGACCUUGUGCGAGGGCUUCAACGAGGCCCUGAAGCAGUGCAAGUACAGCAAUGGUGUUUCUUCUCUCCUGUGAAGAAUUUGGCCCCUCGUAGGGAAGAGGAUCAUGGUGUAGAGCCCUGCUAUCCACAGGGAUGGAAGGACAGACAGGGAAUGAGCGAAUGAGCUGGAGGGAGCAGACUGACCAGACAGGAGUUAUUCUAGUGGUAAUUCACUUCUGAACUAGUAGGGAAGGAAAGGAAUGGUUGGACCCAAGGGUCUUCAGUAUUCACUUAGUGCUGUAUUUAUUACAGAGAAAUAAAAGAAUUUGUUUGGACCUA